GAGGAAGAGCAGGGACUAGGAGCUUUCCGUGCAUUAUUUCGACUAUUUAAUGACGUUUUGAUACUUGGUGUGGUUUGCUGGAGAUAUAGUCCCUUGAAAAAAACGCCAGUUUACUCGCCAUGGCGGCGUCUAUAGCUCCAGAAUGCAACGAGAUUAAAGAGAAGUACGAUACUUGUUUUCUCAAGUGGUAUAGCGAAAAAUAUCUGCGAGGCAACACGUCGUCUAAUGAAUGCGAAGAGCUCUUCAAGAAAUACAGGACAUGCCUGAAUAAAGUUCUCAAGGACAAAGGUAUCGAGUCCAUGCUAGAAGACGCUCGCAAGAGCAACAAAGAGAACGAUGCAGAGUAUCUCAAACCAACAUGAUUGGGCAGCAAGAUGCGCUUCAUACUAGUGUCUAUCGCAUCACCUCUACCAAUGUACCAUAUUCUACCAGACCCUCUCCAUUCUAGCGUGAUGACUGUCUUAUGAGAUGAAUUUUGAUCAUAUAUGUCGAUGUACAAUAAUAAACUCUUAUUUUCUGC